GCUACCUUCCCGUAAACAAAAAUGGCGGCCGCAGAUCCAGGACCAUCGAAUGACGGCGGACCAGCUAGCAGAGGAGGAUACUCUGAAGAAAAGAGUAACGAGCAGCGAGAUGGCCCGAGCGGGACUGGUGGGGAAGGUGAACGAGACAGAGCCACUUUCGAGUGCAACAUUUGUUUGGAUACGGCCAGAGACGCUGUCAUCAGCCUGUGUGGCCACCUAUUCUGCUGGCCCUGUCUUCACCAGUGGUUGGAGACUCGGCCCACUCGGCAGCAGUGUCCCGUCUGCAAGGCCGGCAUCAGCAGGGACAAGGUCAUCCCUCUCUACGGCCGCGGCAACUCCAGCCAGGAGGACCCCAGGUUGAAAACACCUCCUCGACCUCAAGGGCAAAGGCCUGAGCCGGAGAGCAGAGGGCCGUUCCAGGGAUUUGGGGACACUGGGUUCCACAUGUCCUUCGGGAUCGGAGCCUUCCCCUUUGGCUUCUUCACCACCGUCUUCAACACCAACGACCCCUUCCACCGACCAGCCGCCGCGGAGCACCAGGGCAACAACGGGAAUCAAAACAACGGGAACAACUGGCAGGACUCCCUCUUCCUCUUCCUCGCCAUCUUCUUCUUCUUCUGGAUGCUCAGCGUGUAAGACAAAAGGACGCAAGUCUGCACAUUGGAAUGCACCCUAUGCAGUUUCCUUCCUCUGUAACUCAAAUACAAGGGGUGCAUUCCAAUAGGCAAGUGUGCGAGGGAGGACUGGAGUGCGCAUAUAGGAAUCCACCCAAGAUGCGCAUUAAAGAUGAAACCCGUUAAAGAGGAGAGGAGGAGAGGAGAAGGAUUGGAGGAGAUGCAAUUUAGGAAACUUUUACAAAGGACACACACGCGCACACACACACGCGCACGCACACA